AUGGCGGCAGGGGUGGCCGGGUUGGGGGUUGAGGCAGAGGAGUGCGAGGAUGCCCCUGAUGUGGAGCCACUGGAGCCCAUGCUUAGCAACAUCAUCGAGCAGCGCAGUCUUAAGUGGAUCUCCAUCGGAGGCAAAGGUGGCGUUGGCAAGACAACCUGCAGCUGCAGCCUAGCAGUCCAGCUGUCCAAGGGGCGGGUGAGUGUUCUGAUCAUCUCCACUGACCCAGCCCACAACAUCUCCAAUGCAUUUGACCAGAAGUUCUCCAAGGUGCCUACCAAAGUCAAAGGCUAUGACAACCUCUCUGCCAUGGAGAUUGACCCCAGCCUGGGCAUGGCAGAGCUGCCAGACGAGUUCUUUGAAGAGGACAACAUGCUGAGCAUGGGCAAAAAGAUGAUGCAAGAAGCUAUGAGCACAUUCCCAGGCAUCGAUGAGGCCAUGAGCUCCGCAGAGGUGAUGAGGCUGGUAAAGGGCAUGAACUUCUCCGUGGUGGUGUUCGACACCGCGCCCACACUGCUCAACUUCCCCACCAUCGUUGAGCGGGGGCUUGGCCUCCUCAUGCAGAUCAAGAACCAGAUCAGCCCCUUCAUCUCACAGAUGUGCAACAUGCUGGGCCUCAGCGACAUGAACACAGACCAGCUGGCCUCCAAGCUGGAGGAGACAUUGCCUGUCAUCCACUCCGUCAUCGAGCAGUUCAAGGACCCUGAGCAAACAACCUUCAUCUGUGUGUGCAUCGCAGAGUUCCUGUCCCUGUAUGAAACUGAACGGCUGAUCCAGGAGCUGGCCAAGUGCAAAACUGACACGCACAACAUCAUCGUCAACCAGCUCGUCUUCCCUGAUCCCGAGAAGCCCUGCAAGAUGUGUGAGGCCUGCCACAAGAUCCAAGCCAAGUACCUGGACCAGAUGGAGGACCUAUAG